AUGAGUUACUAUAGUUUUACCAUUUCAUCAGCCCAAGGAGCGAUGACUUGCGUGCACCCUCAGCUUUCACCUUACGACCUCAGCAUGUUCAGUGUGGAGUCUUCCGAGUUUGUGUCUCGAGUUUCAGCGGACUCUUGCAGCCCGCAGGACCCGCUCUCCUCCCAGUGUUUACCUGCUAUCGGCUCUUUAGUUCGGCCUGAUUUUGACACAUACUCGUGCCAGUUCACAGCCAGCCCUGCGCCUGCCACACACAACGCUCCCCCAGUCGGCGACACCCAGUUUUUACUCGAAGAUGUCCAGGUUUUUGGAUGCUACUCCGGUUCUUCGGUGUGUUAUCCCAAAGAAGCAAUGUCCCCAGUGAGUUCUGACUAUUUCAGCAGUCCUGCAUCCACGUCCACCCCUUCCACGCCUGGUUAUCUCACCCAAUCUGUCUCUAUGUGGGAUUCGGCUUUUGAUCCAUACUCUCCGACUGCUGGAUACUGGGCAGUGGAGGACUCUGCAACAUCGCAUGCUCCAGCUUUUUUCACCUUUGCACCAGAGUCGAUUGAACAGUUUUCUCACAGUUUUGGACACGAGCAGCACGAGACAUUUCAGUUACCCAGCGCUCACGCCUCAUCUCUUGCGUUUCCUCCAAUGGGCAUGGAGCAGUGUAGCCUGGAUGGAACUGAGCAGCAAGAAGAAAGCUCCUCUCCAAAAGCCAAAACCCCAAAUGAGGGCUCGUGUGCUGUGUGUGGGGAUAAUGCUUCUUGUCAGCACUACGGAGUACGCACCUGCGAGGGAUGCAAAGGUUUUUUCAAGAGAACUGUACAGAAGAACUCCAAAUAUGUAUGUCUGGCCAAUAAGGACUGCCCUGUGGACAAGAGGAGGAGAAAUCGCUGCCAAUUCUGUCGCUUUCAAAAGUGUCUUACAGUCGGCAUGGUUAAAGAAGUGGUGAGAACAGACAGUUUAAAAGGUCGAAGGGGCAGACUUCCUUCAAAACCCAAAGCACCGGACUCAGUGGUGGCUUCGUCUCCUGUGAACAUGAUUGCGUCACUCGUCCAAGCACAUGUCGACUCUAACCCCAGUGUGGGAAACCUGGACCAUUCCAAGUACAAUGACAGUACCACAGCAGCUCACAAAGCAGAGACCCAACACGUGCAGCAGUUUUACGACCUCCUGAGCUCGUCCAUGGAGGAGGUCCGGACUUGGGCCCAGAGGAUCCCGGGGUUCACAGACUUUUGCCCUGAUGACCAGGAGCUUCUGCUGGAGUCUGCCUUCAUGGAGCUCUUCGUUCUGCGCCUGGCCUUUAGAUCCAACCCUGACACAGGGAAGAUGGUGUUCUGCAAUGGGCUGGUGCUGCAUAAGACACAGUGUGUUAUAGCGUUUGGCGACUGGAUUGAAUCCAUUCUUGAAUUUUCCCAAAGUCUUCAUCGCAUGAAGAUGGAUGUCUCCUCAUUCUCUUGCCUUUCAGCCCUCAUCAUAAUCACUGACCGACAUGGCCUGAAGGAGUCCAAACGCAUCGAGGACCUGCAGAACCAGCUGAUCAGCUCUCUCAAAGACCACGUCUCCACCUGUGGACUGUCUCUGCAGCCCGGACACCUGUCCCGGCUGCUGGGGAAACUGCCUGAUCUCAGGACUCUCUGUAUUCAGGGCCUUCAGAGAAUCUUUUACCUCAAACUAGAGGAUCUAGUACCACCACCGCCGUUCAUCGAGAAAAUCUUCAUGGACACACUUCCAUUUUAA